UCGAUUUCGUUUUCUAGCAUAUUCGGCGAACUUCUAUUAAAAUUACUUGCAUCAAAUUUUCAUUCUCUAAAAAAAAACUCGAAAUAAAUUAUUAAAAUAAAUAUUUAUAUUUAUUCUAAAUACACAGAAUCCAAAAUAAAAUAAAAUGUUGAGACUGGCAUUAACUGUGCCUUUAAGGCCAUCACUUCAAAUUAAAUCUGCACUCCAGAAUAAUGCUGGCUUUGUUAAGAAACAAUUUGUCCGAGAAUACUCUCGCGAUGCACGUCCUGGCGUUAGCCGAAGUCGGGUUCAAACACCACCGUCAUUGAAAGAGAAGUUGAUGGGACCUGCUGGACCAAAUGCUUAUUCAAUUGGAAAAGGAGCUGCUGCAGGCGCUGCAGCUGUUGGCAUGGGUGCUCUUUGCUAUUACGGGCUAGGACUUGGAAGUCCAUCAACUAUUCAACACAAUUCAAUGUUGUGGCCACAGUACGUGAGAGAAAGGAUCCACACUACCUACGGAUACUUUGGGGCCUCUGUGGCAUUGACAGCUGCAAGUGCUGUUGCAGUCUUUAGAUCACCAAGGCUCUUGAACUUGGCUACCCGUAACGGAUGGAUGUCUAUGCUCGGUACCUUUGCUUUAAUGAUUGGUUCCGGUGUGGCAACCCAGGCAAUUCCAUACUCACCUGGUAUUGGUGCAAAACAGCUUGCUUGGGCAGCACAUUGUGCUAUUAUUGGUGGUGUUAUUGCUCCGAUGUGCUUUUUGGGAGGUCCGAUUCUAACUAGGGCUGCUCUAUACACCGCUGGUAUUGUAGGUGGCCUCUCUACAGUGGCAGUAUGCGCUCCAAGUGAUCAGUUCUUAUACAUGGGUGGUCCUUUGGCUAUUGGCUUGGGAUUCGUGUUUGCCUCGUCGAUGGCUGGUAUGUGGCUUCCACCCACAACCAUGCUUGGAGCUGGUUUGGCUUCCGUUUCUCUCUACGGUGGAUUAGUAUUAUUCAGUGGAUUUUUACUCUACGACACACAGCGCAUUGUUCGCAAAGCCGAGACCUAUCCAGCAUUAUUUACCCAAAGGCCAUAUGAUCCAGUUAAUGCAUCCCUAUCGAUUUAUAUGGAUACCAUAAAUAUAUUUAUUCGAAUUGCAUCUAUUUUGGCUGGAGGUGGUUCGCGAAGGAAGUAAAUUGGAUAACUUUGGAAAGAAUGUUAUGUGUGAUAUUUUAUAAAUGAAAUGAAAGAAAUUUGAACGAAAUGAAAAAGAAAAAAAAAACUAAUAAGUUGCGAUACCUAAAUAUAAAUUAAUAAAAUACUAGUUUAUUGUUUGGUUGCUUUA